UCGACAUGAGUAUCGGAGUAGGUAUACGUUGAGUAGAAUAGAACAAAAAAUUAUGUGUGAACGGUACCAGGUGCCCGAAUGAGCCCGUGUUUACUAGAAGUCAUUCCACCAAGCAUUGAUUCCGUGACCUGAAAGCCCCAAUCUAGCACUCUCCACAAAAGGCCCCUGGAGUGCUCAGGCCUUGAAGUCAAAUUAUGCUCAACCAAUCGGAGAAAUCCGACUUGAAAAUCAAUGUGCACGGACGAUCGAUGGGAAACAUGACGUCGAAAGUCCAGGGGUAAGGGUUUGAAUGACUACUUCGACGCUGCCCCUCCCCCGCGAUUCUCGAUUCGUCACGUUUUCAACACCCGCACUCCACCACAAAAAAAAUGACGAUCGCACUCGGCCUCGAAGGCUCCGCCAACAAGCUCGGCGUGGGCCUAAUCCAGCACCUACCCGGACAGCCCGCGCAAGUCCUCUCGAACAUCCGCCACACCUACGUCUCACCCCCGGGGGAGGGCUUCCUGCCCAAAGACGUAGCCAAGCACCACCGCACAUGGUUCACGACGCUCGUUGCGCGCGCGCUCAAGGAGUCCAACACCAAGAUCGCAGAUAUCGACUGCAUAUGCUACACCAAGGGCCCCGGUAUGGGCGCGCCGCUGCAGUCCGUCGCCGUCGCCGCCCGCGCCCUGAGCCUGCUGUGGGACAAGCCGCUCGUGGGCGUCAACCACUGUGUCGGCCACAUCGAGAUGGGCCGCGAAAUCACCGGCGCAGAUAAUCCCGUCGUGCUGUACGUGUCGGGCGGCAAUACGCAGGUCAUCGCGUACGCCGAGCAGAGGUACCGGAUAUUUGGCGAAGCGCUGGACAUCGCGGUGGGGAACUGUCUGGACCGGUUCGCGCGCACGCUGCAGAUCAGCAACGACCCCGCGCCGGGCUACAACAUCGAGCAGCUAGCGAAAGGCGGGAAAAACCUGCUGGAUCUGCCGUACGCCGUCAAGGGCAUGGACUGCUCGUUCUCAGGGAUCCUGGCGGUCGUCGACCAGCUCGCCGCGCAGCUGCUGACUCGCAGGCCGAGGCCGCUGAUGAAUGUCGAGGGCACCGAGGAGGUUACGAGGGAGGACCUGUGCUUUACGCUGCAGGAAACGGUCUUCUCCAUGCUGGUGGAGAUCACAGAGCGCGCCAUGGCGCAUGUCGGCUCGCGCCAGGUGUUGAUCGUCGGCGGUGUGGGGUGUAAUGAGAGGUUGCAGGAGAUGAUGGGGCUUAUGGCGAGGGACCGGGGUGGCAGUGUCUAUGCGACUGAUGAGCGCUUCUGCAUCGAUAAUGGUAUCAUGAUUGCGCAUGCGGGGCUAUUGGCCCACAAGAUGGGGUUCAAGACUCCGUUGGAGGAAUCGACAUGCACGCAGAGGUUCAGGACGGACGAAGUACACGUCAAUUGGCGAGACUAAUUCUACUUCUUCUAUUUGUUUGUUAAAAGGUCUUGCAAAAUUGAAACCGCUUCACCUAGAAAAACAACGCUGUCCGGGCACC